AUGUUACAAGAACAUUUCUUGACGGUUUUGUUGGGCGCAGCGAUGUCGAUGACGCUGUCUUGUUCUGGAUUUAACCCGGAACGCUCGGCAAAUAUUCCAACUACCUGGAACGUGGUAUCAUCGCUGGAAACCGAGCAGAAGGUUACGGUGGAUCACGUCUCUAGUACGAAAACGGAAGCGACUGAUGCCGACAAAGGCUUGCAAAUUUCGGACACAAAGUUGUCAACGAGGACCAUCGACCAAACGAGUCCUGCGGAUACGACGCGCGAGAAAAGAUUCGGUUUUGGCAUGGAGAAUAUUGAAAGUGACACGCGUUUCCCGAAAACCAAGGACGCUAAUUUUGCAAAAGAAGCAGUGGCUAUGGAAACGAUCUCAAGUUCUCCUCCACGGAAUGUCGUCGUGAUUAUCGCUGAUCCGGGUCAAAAUCAGGAAGAUUUCUGGAAGAGUUUCAAGGCUUCGCGUCUGUUCUCCGUUGAAGGGAUGCUUCAGAGUUGUAACAAUAUCCAAGCAGGCAAGGCAAGAUUCUCUUUGGGCGAUGCACUAAUUCCCGGCAAUAGGGACAAGAAACAUGAUUGCGAACACUUCCUACGUUCAAACAUUGCAACAUUGCUGCUUUGGACUCGAGAUGUUAAGGGAAUGACUACAGGAACGUUAUCCAACGCGAACUUCACUAUUCCAUCGUUGUUCGGAUUCGAAGAAUCGGUAGGGUUCUCAAGAGACUUCGACGAAAUUGAUGAGAUUAACAUGAAACCGGAAGUUCGUAAAGCAAAGCCGGAAAUUCGUGGUGACUGGCACGUUAUCGACUUAGGAAAACCGAUCGAUCGAGUCCCUCCUUUGAUGCCUCCACAAAACGCUCGAGAAGACGGCAUCGCAGGAUACGCUGCUCGUGGUGAUAGGAGCCUGCCCGCACGACGGCAAACCUGUACCAUUCUUUGCACAAGGACCAUCCGCCAAAAUGAUUCGCGAGGCUAUAACAAUUUGGGACGUCCCAACUGCCGUUAA